GGUGUAUCAUCUAUUCAUUCAUGGUUGUUGUACCCACUGUAAUGUCAGCAAAAGCCCCUGUGCAUCCUUAAUCUAAUGGAAACCUCUGUCAUUGAUGGUAGAAAGCCAUAAUUGGGUUUGGGGAAGCAGAGCUGUCCUUGGGCAGAGCUGUCUCAGAAUAAACCCCAGCAGUGUGCUUUUCUCAACAAAAAAAGCAAGAAUUCAGUAACUUACCCUCUGACCAGGAUGAGAUGAUGAUAAGAUGCAAAUUGUAAAUCUAAAAGUUGCUUUGAGUUCACUGUAUUUUUAGAGCUAUCCUACUUCAAGUUCACUAUGACAGCUUAUCAGGAGAGGCCAUUAUUCAGAAGUCUGAUAGAGACUUUAAAUGAAGUGGAAUCUUAGCAGCUAUGCCAAUUUCUUUAUCAUGAUGGGGAAAGAUUCCAUUGGAAAAUGCACUGUGAUAAAUGCGGCAAAGGCUAUUUGCUCUCAAAACAAUAAGAAAUCCCAUCUGUAAGUGUAUAGUACUAUCUGCUUUAAAAGAAAUUCAGACUAUAGAAUACACAAAACAUUGCAUAUUUGCUGAAUUCUAGUGAGUAGAAAACAUGAUUAAUUUAUAUGUCAUUAUUGUAUUUUCCAGAAAUUGUGCAUCUUUGACAGUUUUGGAACCCUAGUGUUUGCAGUAUUUAUGGGAGUAUGGGUAACCUUGUUUCUGGAGUUUUGGAAGCGGCGCCAGGCAGAACUGGAGUACGAAUGGGACACUGUUGAGUUACAGCAGGAGGAGCAACCCCGGCCAGAAUAUGAGGCCCGGUGCACUCACGUGGUGAUCAACGAGAUCACUCAGGAAGAAGAGCGUGUGCCCUUCACUACCUGGGGAAAAUGUAUCCGUAUAACUCUCUGUGCAAGUGCUGUCUUAUUCUGGAUCCUAUUGAUCAUCGCCUCAGUUAUUGGGAUCAUUGUCUACAGGCUCUCAGUGUUCAUUGUAUUUUCUGCAAAACUUCCCAAGAACUUUAAUGGGACAGAUCCAAUCCAGAAGUACCUUACUCCACAGACGGCCACGUCUAUCACUGCUUCCCUCAUCAGCUUUAUCAUCAUCAUGAUUUUGAACACCAUAUAUGAAAAAGUAGCAAUCAUGAUUACUAAUUUUGAACUCCCAAGGACCCAGACUGAUUAUGAGAACAGCCUGACCAUGAAGAUGUUCUUAUUCCAGUUUGUCAACUACUAUUCUUCAUGUUUCUACAUCGCAUUCUUUAAGGGCAAAUUUGUAGGUUAUCCAGGAGACCCAGUCUAUUGGCUGGGAAAAUACAGAAAUGAAGAGUGUGACCCAGGUGGCUGUCUCCUUGAACUGACGACACAGCUGACAAUAAUCAUGGGAGGAAAAGCAAUCUGGAAUAACAUACAAGAGGUGUUACUUCCGUGAGUAUUAAGUCGUGUAAUCUUGGGGAUAUGAUAAGGGAUGGGAGAGCCCACCCAUCCAAAUCAUUUGCCUAUGUGUUCACACAGCUGGAUGCCUACCUCUAAAAUGGAGUAAACUCUAUUUAGUAAAAGUCUCCAGACAAGAUGGUCCAACCAACGGUGUGAACGUAUCCAGUUUUUAAUAAUUAUGUUUUUAAAAAACCUACUUCUCUCUGUUUAACUUAAAUCUCCAUCUGCUACACUUUAUGCGUAUUAGCCCAUUGUUGGUAGCUGACUGAUCCCAGUCCAUGGAGAGUUGGCCUUUUUUGGGACUGUGAACUAUUUCCCCUCACUUCUCAGGACUUUCUCCUCCCUUUAUAGGAUGGUUUAAAAAUCAACAGUUGUGAUUUGUUGAGUUCCUAGUGUAUGCCAGCCACUUGUAUUAAGUGCUUUGUAGAUCUCUCUCAUUUAAUUUUUCAAACAAUUCUUAUUUUUAUCUCCCUUAUGCAAAUGAAGAUUCUUUCGGUUAAAGAGGUUAAAUGAUUUAUCCACAUUUGCCUUAUCCAUAAGAGGCUACUGUGGGAUUCAAAUCCAAGAUCCUAGGACUCCAAAUCCAUGUGCUUUCAAGAAGAGCGGUUCUCUUGUGGUCCUAAGGCACCAGGAUUACAUAAUGUUUUAAGAGAUAAUCAUCUAAAAUGAUAACCACAAAUGUUUUGACUUACCGUUCUUUCCCUAAGAAAUGAGAACAACAGAUGUUGGUGUAGGUCACACUUUCCUUUUCAAUUUUCACUGAAGCCCUAUCCUGUAUCAAAGCGAAUAGUCCAGGGCCAUCUCAAUUUCUGCACAUUUUCAGGGGGCUUAUUAUAUUCAUCUUUUAUUGCUGCUGAACAGAUUGCCACCAACUUAAUGGUAAUAGGACAAUGAAAAACCACAAAACAACACAGAUUUAAUAUCUCACAGUUCUAGAAGUCACGGGUCUGACAGGGGUUUCAGUGGGCUAAAGUCAAGGUAUUACCAGGGAUGUGUUCCUUUCACAAGCCUCUAGGAUGGAUCUGUUUCUUUGCCUUUUCCAGCUUCUAGGUGUUGUCCACAUUCCUUGGCUUAGGGCUUCUUUUCUCAUCUCAAAGCCAGAAAUAUUACGUGUCUCUGACUCUUCUGUAAUCCCAUCCCCCUCCCUCUCUCUUCCACCUUUAUUGGCCCUGGUGAUUACAUUGGGUCCACCUGCAUGAUCCAGGAAACUAUAAAAGUCCGCUCAUUUGCAACCUUAAUUCCUCCUUGCCAUGUGACUUUAACAUAUCCGUAUGUUGUGGGGAGUAGGACGUGGACAUUUGGGGAGGGGGGUACAUUUUUCUGCAUAUCACACUUAACCUUUUCAAGAUAAUUUCUGACUCUGAGUUUCUGUGCUCACAAAACUUUUCAUCUCCUUUCUGUGUCGCCUUCCACAUCUGUACUUUUUGCUCAUGCCAACCCAAAGGCAGAGUGUGGUCCCUCUCCUCAGUGUCCUCUAAAACCACUCACACAAGCAGUCUUUACUAACAUUUGGGACACGGAGGCAGAAAAACAACUUUAUUUUGAAAUAAAAAACCUCCAUCUUUUAAAAGUCUUUCACCUCACUAUAUAACGAUUUUGUGUGUGUGUGUGUG